GCAUUCUUCCCUCCCUCAGAGCCCAAGCCAAGCCACGGUGUCGGGUCUGACACGUUGGCGCAGAUCAAUCUCAUUCUCUGCUCAGUUCUGGGAAUCGGUCUUUUACACGACUACAACACUCAACCAUCAUGGCCGCCUCCUCAUCGAAGCCAGCGAGCUUCCUGCUCUACUCUUGCAUCGCCCACCGCACGACCAUCCUGGCCGAGCAUUCCUCCCCAGGCACCUCCUCCACGGCCGCCUCCUCUCUGGCCUCUAUCAUCCUUCCCAAGAUCAGCCACGACCAACCCCAAAAGCUGACCUACACACACGAGCGUCUCUUUGUGCACUAUAUUGCCGACUCCCCCACCGGCACGAACACCACGGACGACAGCACGCGCCAAGAACCCAACUCCUACGCCCCACUCAGCUACAUUGUUGUCGCGACCGCCGAACAAGGCCGCCGCAUCCCCUUCGCCUUCCUUCUCGAAAUCAAGCGCAAGUUCCUUUCGACAUACCCGCCCUCCAGCACGGAUUUCUCUGCCCUCCCGGCCUACGGCUGCGCCGCGUUCAACAAUGAGCUCCGCUCGCUGCUUCAAACGUACAACACGGCCCCGCCAGCAGAUUCGCUGGCUUCGGCACGGCGGGAGAUCGAUAGUGUGCGGAACAUCAUGACGGAGAACAUUGAGCGGGUGCUAGAAAGAGGAGAGCGGAUUGAUCUGUUGGUCGAUAAGACGGAUCGGUUGGGUGGCAGUGCGCAUGAUUUCCGCAUCAGGAGUCGCGGGCUCAGGAGACGGAUGUGGUGGAAGAAUAUCAAGCUGAUGGUGCUGCUGGCGGUUGUGGUGGUGUUCUUGAUCUAUCUGUUUGUAGGCAUGGGGUGUGGAUUGCCGGCUUGGGGGAAAUGUGUUGGGCAAAGUGAGUAGGUGGAUUUCCCCCCAAAAAAGGGAAGAAUGCUGGGAGGCUUAAAAGGGGGAGAGGAGAUCUGAUGUGUGUAUGUCAAUUAUUUUCUCGUCAUGGGCGGUUAUGUGGCUACUGAUAUCGUUUACGACCAGUUGAUUUCAGCCAAUUGAGCGGGGUUGUGAACUUCGAAUGUAUGAUAUUAUGACUGCUGGUCUUUCUCUAUCUGUUACUACCUAGGUAUCUUCAAUGUGAACAUCUCCAAUAUGU